AUGUCAGACUGUGAGAACAGCAAUCAGAAGAUUCAUAAUCAUCAUCAAGAAAAUAAUAAUAAUAAUAAUAAUAGUAGUAGUGAUGAUGAUGAUGAUGAAGACUUUCUACCUUCUAUUCCAGAGGCCUUAUUACAUAAUUCGCAGAAUGAAACCGCAGUCGCAGGAAUGUGUUCUGCAGAAAUAACACGGGAGAAACGGCCCCGUUCCCCGAGUGGAGAACAUGAAACCCUCAAUAGUAAUAAUAACGACAAUAUACAUAAGGAAAUAGCAGAAGAUGUGAAUAUGAUAGAAUCUGAUGAUAAGAAAGAGGAGAUGUGUGUUAUGAAAUUACUCAAUAGUGAAGGAUAUCCAACACCUUCACUAUACGAACGUAGUUACCGCCAUGAUUCUAUUAUACAUGAUGUGGCUCUCGUGAAGGAUGAACUUGGUGCUUUGAUUGUUACAGUAGAUGCGAUGGGAACACUACGUGCUUGGCGUAAACUUCCACGUGGUGUAUUUUUCAUGGGAGAACGUCAAGGUCUUUUCCCACAAAGUGAUACAGAUCAAGAAAGAGAAAUGAAGAAGUUGGUAGAGCACCACGUAUUAGCGGAUUCUCUUACCUCUUCCCUUUUUGUAGUUCGAGUUACACCACGUGUGGAGAUGAUAGCUGGAGUUGUGACAGUAUUUGUGGAGAUUCGUCGAGUGAACCCUACUUUAAUGGCGGUAGAGUCACGUUUGUCUUUUCAAUUUAGUGCCACUCUUCGAAAUAAGAAGGCAUUAUCAUACUGGAAAGAAACUGUUACUCCACAACCCUUCUUAUUGCAUUAUGAAUAUGAACCAUAUAUUGUUUUUUUCACAUCGGAACCAAAUGGAUCUAGUGGUGUAAUUUUAUUCCCAUGCUUCAGCAAGAGAAGUUUAGGUGAUAAUGCAGUUGCAACACUUUUACCAUCUCGUCCAUUAAGUACCGCUAAUAUUGUUUUAUGUUGUCAACAACAUCGUCCAAGUGGAUUAGUCGUUUUGGUAGAUGAAAAGGGUAUUAUUGACUACGCACGUAUGAUGACAUCAUGUGAUGAUGAAGGGAAUAUGAUUAUCUCUCUUAGUGUUGUUCCUGGUGUCCCAUCUCGUGGUGCAGCAGAUCCAAUGAUGUUACGCAAAUGGAUUACAUUUGAGCGUCGACAAAAAACAGGUUUUUUCACCUUACUUCGUGAAUCCGUUACGAAUGUCAAAUCAUGCAAAACAAUGAUACCACUCAGUGUUCGUUUCUCUCCAAGUGGAAAAUAUUUUGUGGUGACAAGUUGUAUUUUAUACAAUGCUUGUGUGUGUGUAUGUUCACAUUUGUUUGACUUUGCUAGUGGAGGCUUUCUCUGCCGUGGUGAGACGGAGGAGGUGAGUGUGCCGCAGUUGCGGGAUGAAGAGUCCAAAGCAGCAGCACUCUUAUCACUGCGAGGUGCGGUGUUUGAUGUUGUGGUGGAAGAGGCGGUUGGGAAAGUCCCACAGAGCGGUAGAGUUGGGGGUGUGUGGGUGUUUGUGCCGGAGAUCGGCGUGACUUCCUGCUCAGAAGAGCGGGUCGGCGGCAGACGCAUAUAUGUAUUUAGAGCCUCCAUACCAACAACAACUACAACAACUAGUAGUAAUAGUACAAAGAUGGAGCUCCACAUGGAACAAUUACCACGUCAAAUUGGAGAUGUUGAGAAGAACAUUCGUGAAACUCCACUGCAAGGUGUGUUAUCAACAACAACAACAACAACAACAACAACAACAACAAGAAAAUUUUCUAACUCUUGGCGUUUAGCUGCGCCAUUGGUAUUACUUCGACUUGCCAUUCCCGCAAGUCAAGCAUUGAAAAAUCUUGUAGCGCAAUCUCCUGUUGGUUUGGCACUUUCACAGGAGGAUGUUAAACGCCUUUUCGUUGUGCCAAGCAGUGCGGAUCUUGCUGCCGUUGCUGCUGCUGCUGCUGCUAAUGGUGGAAGUACUUCUUGCGUUGGUGCUGAUGAUCCAAUGUUCUGCACUACCUCACUUGGAGAAAAUGCCCUUCUCUUGUAUACAAACUAUGAGGCUUCUAUUGAAGGCAUCGCAUUGGGAAGAGAUAUUAUAGAUACAGCCACUGCAGAUAUGGAUGCAGAUAUGUUAAAGUUAGAACAGAUACGUCAUGAAAAGAUUUUAACAGAAUUAACUCAGAAGCGUGAUUUUAAUUGUGGAGAUCUGCAGCAGUUACAGUCCUCUGUUCAGGCUGUGGCACCACGGGAAACAGAAGAGACAGAUAAUAGAGAACAAGAUAAGAAAGAGUCCAUAUCUACAAGAGAAAAUGAUAUUUAUGAGGAAGAAGACACAGAUGUAGAGGAUCGUCGAGUAAAACAUAUUAUUACGGCAUCUACAUCACGUAAUAUAGAAUGGGGAGAUACAAGUAUGUAUGCCUCUUUCUAUGUGAGUUCCUUUGGAAAAAUUACGGUACACCUUAUGCCAUCUUUUGCUCCAAAAACUGUUGAAAAUUUUAUUGGAUUAGUUCGUCAAGGAUUUUAUGAUGGUUUAACAUUUCAUCGUGUUGUACCAGGGUUUAUGAUUCAGGGAGGAUGUCCAAUGGGGGAUGGUACUGGUGGGAAGAGUAUUUUUGGUGGGACUUUUGAGGAUGAAGGGUUAAACAUAAUGGAGUAUUUUCUCUAUCCAAGUGUUUAUUGGCUUUGUAUGGCGAAUCGUGGACCCAAUACGAAUGAAUCGCAGUUUUUUAUUACGGUUGGAGAAACUGCACCGUGGUUGAAUGGUAAACACACUGUUUUUGGAUUUGUGGUGGGAGGGAAGUCGGUGGUACAGGCAAUCGUGCAGACACCAAAAGGGGAGGAUGACAAACCACUGACACCCGUUGUGAUGGAACGUGUCGUGGUUACAGAGAAAUCUAAUAACAACUGA